AUGUAUCCAACAUUGCCACUUUCCCAGUUGGGCCAAGAUGUCACUUGCAAUCCAUCGGUAGGAGUUGUUUGCCUGAACAAAAACCAGGGAAUUAAUCAAGAGUGUUUCGAUUAUGAAAUCAGAGUACGCUGCUGUGGACCAUGCACAACCACUACCACAACAACACCCACAAGUACAUCAACUCCUUCUACACCUACAACUCCAACAUCAACAACAACCUCCACAACAACUACAACCACUGAAACACCCUCAACGACUGUACCAAGGACACCGUCAACUUCAACAACUACUCCCACGACCACAACGACAUCUACUACAUCUACCAGCACCGUAACCACUACCACUACGACACCCACAAGUACAUCAACUCCCUCUACACCUACAACUCCAACAUCAACAACAAACUCCACAACAACUACAACCACUGAAACACCCUCAACAACUGUACCAACAACACCGUCAACUUCAACAACUACCCCCACGACCACAACGACAUCUACUACAUCCACCAGCACCGUAACAUCUACAACACCUAGUACCACAACCACUACCACUACAACACCCACAAGUACAUCAACUCCUUCUACACCUACAACUCCAACAUCAACAACAACCUCCACAACAACUACAACCACUGAAACACCGUCAACUUCAACAACUACCCCCACGACCACAACGACAUCUACUACAUCUACCAGCACUGUAACACCUACAACUCCAACAUCAACAACAACCUCCACAACAACUACAACCACUGAAACACCCUCAACAACUGUACCAACAACACCGUCAACUUCAACAACUACCCCCACGACCACAACGACAACCACUACCACUACAACACCCACAAGUACAUCAACUCCUUCUACACCUACAACUCCAACAUCAACAACAACCUCCACAACAACUACAACCACUGAAACACCCUCAACAACUGUACCAACAACACCGUCAACUUCAACAACUACCCCCACGACCACAACGACAUCUACUACAUCUACCAGCACCGUAACAUCGACAACACCUAGUACACCUAUCCCAAUUUGUACCUGUGAUACAUCAACUCCUUCUACACCUACAACUCCAACAUCAACAACAACCUCCACAACAACUACAACCACUGAAACACCCUCAACAACUGUACCAACAACACCGUCAACUUCAACAACUACCCCCACGACCACAACGACAUCUACUACAUCUACCACUACAACUCCAACAUCAACAACAACCUCCACAACAACUACAACCACUGAAACACCCUCAACAACUGUACCAACAACACCGUCAACUUCAACAACUACCCCCACGACCACAACGACAUCUACUACAUCUACCAGCACCGUAACAUCGACAACACCUAGUACACCUAUCCCAAUUUGUACCUGUGAGUGGUCUGACUGGAUUGAUGUCGGUCCUCCAUCAUCUGGCCCUGAUGGAGGAGACUCUGAAUCAAUUUCUCAACUCAUAAAUUCCAAACGUAUUGGUUGUCCACAACCAACAGAAGUUGAGUGCAGGGCUAAGAUGUAUCCAGCAUUGCCACUUUCCCAGUUGGGCCAAGAUGUGAUUUGCAAUCCAUCUGUAGGACUUGUUUGCCUGAACAAAAACCAGGGAAAUAAUCAAGAGUGUUUCGAUUAUGAAAUCAGAGUACGCUGCUGUGGACCAUGCACAACCACUACCACUACGACACCCACAAGUACAUCAACUCCUUCUACACCUACAACUCCAACAUCAACAACAACCUCCACAACAACUACAACCACUGAAACACCCUCAACAACUGUACCAACAACACCGUCAACUUCAACAACUACCCCCACGACCACAACGACAUCUACUACAUCUACCAGCACCGUAACAUCGACAACACCUAGUACACCUAUCCCAAUUUGUACCUGUGAGUGGUCUGACUGGAUUGAUGUCGGUCCUCCAUCAUCUGGCCCUGAUGGAGGAGACUCUGAAUCAAUUUCUCAACUCAUAAAUUCCAAACGUAUUGGUUGUCCACAACCAACAGAAGUUGAGUGCAGGGCUAAGAUGUAUCCAGCAUUGCCACUUUCCCAGUUGGGCCAAGAUGUGAUUUGCAAUCCAUCUGUAGGACUUGUUUGCCUGAACAAAAACCAGGGAAAUAAUCAAGAGUGUUUCGAUUAUGAAAUCAGAGUACGCUGCUGUGGACCAUGCACAACCACUACCACUACGACACCCACAAGUACAUCAACUCCUUCUACACCUACAACUCUAACAUCAACAACAACCUCCACAACAACUACAACCACUGAAACACCCUCAACAACUGUACCAACAACACCGUCAACUUCAACAACUACCCCCACGACCACAGCGACAUCUACUAUAUCCACCAGCACCGUAACAUCUACAACACCUAGUACACCUAUCCCAAUCUGUACCUGUGAGUGGUCUGACUGGAUUGAUCUUGGUCCCCCUACACCUGGCCCUGAUGGAGGAGAGUCUAGUCCAGUGUUGUGGACCAUGUCUACCAACUUCAACAACGACCACAACCACAACACCUUCAACCACAACAAUGAUUACAACAACUCCAUUAAGUUCAACAGGUACAACUGUACCUACAUCUACCACCCCAUUUACUGUGAUUACCGGCACAACCAGCACCCAUGUUACACAACCUCAGUGUACUGGAUGUGA